AUGUGGCAGGUUUUGAAUCCCGAUAGCUGGUUUGAUCCGGCUGGUGGACAAGAAAAGCUUGUUCCAUUCCACAAUGACUUCGGCGGCGAAAGGCACGUUGACUACUUCAAUUCCGAUGACGUCAGAGCGUAUUCGACAUUCGGCUACGAGUAUGAUGUUCUGGUUCGCCAGAAAGGACAGGAGGAUGAGGAGUAUGUUGCUGGCAUCACAAGCCACAUCAACAAAACCUACCACGGGACUGGCGACGUACUUCAACAUGACAAGGGUGGCCUUUUCCUCAGUGGACAGUUGGGCGGUGGCGACAAGGAUUAUGAGGACUAUGUUAUCAACGUGCUCUAUGAUCGCUACGGCUACGAAGAUGGCGCUCCGUACACAAUUCACUUCUUCUUCAGAGAAGCUCCAGCUGAAGCUGAUGUUCGAGCUGGUGAUCGCAUGAUCCAUGAGUUUCCAGGUCAUGUCGGUAGCAUUUCCACGUUCAGCAGUCCAGUCGAGACUGUGGGUCAGGGAGAAGACAACACAUUGCACUGCGCCAAAUGUGCAAGGCAACGUGACGAAGGCGUGCUCUCGCGCGCUUCUGUUUCCCUCACGAUUUCCCUGUAUAAAGACGCCGUGAAUAAGAACAUCGACGCCAUCGGAGACCUGACACCGAGUACCGUUGAGACCUAUCUCAAGGAUGGUCUUACAUGGGUUGCUGUCUCGAUGGAGGGAAGAUUCAUACCUUGGAAUGAGCUUGACAAGACCAAAGUCUUUAUCCUUCAAGGGACGAGCGAGCAACCGACCGAUAACAACAUUUUCUCUACCUACCGCAGCUACACCUCAAUGCCUGCAGCCACUGAUGGCAAGGAAGCCGGAGCCUCCAAGCAGGACUACAAGGAUUUUGAGACGGGUCGCUUAAGUAUGCGGGUUUGA